UGGUCAAGCAUUUAUUGCUUUCUCCAUUGCUUUAUCACCUGUACAAGUCAAUAUUACCCCAUCAAGCUGCUGGAUCACUCUGGUACUAAGUACCUAUCGAUUUAUAGAAGCAUUUAGACAAGCUGGUGUGGAGUAGAGGCUCACAACAUACUGGCAGACAGUUUCAGUUGAAGAUAUUUGGAAUAUAUGGAUUUGGGGAACAUGGAGCCUGGGCUUCAGAUAUCAAACAUCACAGAGGAAUGGGCCAAAAGCUUUCGAAAAUUGCACAUGGAAUUCUUUGUCAUCUCUACCACCGUUUUCACUCUGGCCACAUUGAUAGUAAACUUUAUUCUUCUGGCAUGCAUAUUUCGGACUCACGCUUUAUGCCAAGAAACACGGUAUUUACUUGUGGCCAACACCUUGAUAUCAGAUGUACUGUUCCUAAUUUUUCAUCUGACCACACAGCUUUGUAAUUCCACUGGCGUUGUAAUUUCCUGGACAGUUUGUGAACUGGUCACAACUGUCACUGCCACUGCCUACUCCUCUGCGAUCCUCAGCGUCACUCUCAUGGUGGUUGACACAUAUGCUGCUGUACGCUGGCCAUUGAAAUACAGAGAAUUUUUACCACCAGCUCGAACCCACCGCAUACUACUUGGGAUGUGGCUCUUUGCUACCACUUACCCAUUAACUCUUGUCAUUUUGAUGGUCAGUGACAGGAAGCAAGAUGAGGAAGUUAAAAUGUGUCUUGUCCUCAUCUUACUUUGGUUUAUGGAGACAAAAAACACAGUUGGCAACCACCUCUAUUUAUUGAUCACUGCAAUUGUUUGUGCCAUUCUGAUUUUGUACUGCUAUAUCCGGCUCUACAUGGUGACAAAGACUCAAGGGAUCUGGCAAAGCCGCUUUUCCAGAGCCAGAGGCACUCUCCUUGUUCAUGGCAUUCUCCUGAUGCUAUACUUCACUCCCAGCUUUGUCUUCAGUGUGGAGUUGAUCUUGUUUCACAGAAAAGACAUAAACCACGACGUUCAGGUGUGGAUCAGUACAGUCAAUAUGUCUGUUUUUAUGCUAUUGCCGAGAGCCUGUGCUCCUUACUUAUAUGGCCUCAGAUACAGGGAAAUCCGUGAAACAUUAAUACAGCUGCUGUUUCACCCCAGAUGCCGUCCUCAGAUUACAUUCUCAUAAAUAUAGUAACAAUAAUCGUCAUCAUUAUUUGAUUAAUUUAUUGUGAAUGCAUGCUACCUCCCAGGGUGUGGGCCAAUAAUGUUACAAAUACAGAGUAACUAUACAAAGUAUACACACAUUUUAAGCAUAUUGUGUAUAAAUGAGUAGGUUGUUUUUGUUUAGUUUCAUUUUAGUUUCAUUUUGCUAUGAACAUAAGAACUGAAUAUGUGUGUAUGAUGCUGUACAUUCCAUACUUUUAUGGCCUUAACAUAUGGCCAGCGCUCUGCUCUGUGCUUUGUUCAUUCAUUCAGACACACAUCUAAUGACACUGGGUAGAGUCUAGAGAUGGGAAAAGAGGUACACAUUGUAAAAAUAUAUAAUUUUUGACUAUACAUAUAUAUAUGUAUAUAUAUAUUUUAUAUAUAUAUUAUACACACACACACACACAUAUAUAUAUAUAUAAUAUACACACACACACACACUUUUUAUUAUUUGUUGCUUAACUAAGUGUGUAGAAGUGUUGCUGUAUUUUUUGUGCUUAAACUCAGACAUUUUUUUCCUUAAAAUUCCAUAUACCCACUGAAAAGAAGGUACAAUGUACAUUUAUACCAAAUACAAAUAAUUUAUGUGUACACACACUGUAAUCUAAUCUUGACUGGUGAGUGGACGGAGGCUUUUGUCAUGUAAGAUGUCAGGUCCAGCAGCCUGAAUACCAUAAAAAACAUGACCCGCUUCUUAGGAACCAUAGGAACUCAAACAUUUUGCAACAGCAUGGGGAAGUUGUGACAUCCUUUGUUCCAAAAGCUCCUCCCUCUUCUGCACCUGAAAUACACUGGCCUUGUUUUCACGUGUUCCAUUCCCUUGGAAAAUAUUUCUUAAAAACGAUAAACUU